GCGGGGCCGGGCGCGGCGGCAGCGGCGGGGCCGGGGCCCGGGAUGGAGCCGGGGCUGGACCGCUGGGCGUACGGCGCGUUGUGGGCGGCGCUGGCCGGGAGCCUGGCGCUGCGGGCGGCCCGGCGAGCCCUGGGGCCGGGCCGGGGGCUGGUGCUGCCCCUGGCGCUGCUGGCCGGGCUGCAGAGCCUGUGCCGCGCCUGCCUGCCGCUGCCCCUGGGGCUCGCCCUGGCCGCUGCCGCCGCCUGCCUGCUGCUGUGGUGGGCAUCGCCCCGCAGGCUGCUGCCGGUGGCAGGCAGAGCUGUCCUUGUCACAGGCUGCGACUCGGGCUUUGGGCAGGCGACAGCACGGCACUUGGACUCCAUGGGCUUUCGGGUGUUCGCCAGCGUGUUGGACCCGCAGAGCCCUGGCGCCCAAGAGCUGCGCAGCAGCUGCUCAUCGAGGCUGACACUGCUGGAGAUGGACCUGACCAAGCCAGAGGACAUCCAGCGCGUCCUGCAGCACAUCCAGGCCCACACCAACAGCACAGGGCUCUGGGGUCUGGUGAACAAUGCCGGCUUCAACGACACCAUCGCAGAUGCCGAGCUCUCACCGCUGGGCAAGUUUCGCACUUGCAUGGAGGUGAACUUCUUCGGCUCGCUGGAGCUCACCAAGGGGCUGCUGCCCCUGCUUCGCUCUGCUGGUGGACGCAUCGUCACCGUCAGCAGCCCCGCGGGCGACCUGCCCUUCCCCUGCCUGGCAGCCUACGGGGCAUCAAAAGCAGCACUGAGCCUGCUCAUGGACACCUUUCGCAGCGAGCUCCAGCCCUGGGGCAUCAAAGUCAGCAUCAUCCUGCCUGGCUACUACAAAACAGAAGCAACGGCUGGUGGCCAGCCUGCCCCAGGAGCUGCUGCAGGCCUAUGGCGAGGACUACGUGGAGGAGAUCAACCGCCAGUUCAUCCAGUUCAUGAAGGUGGCAGUGGAGGACCUCAGCGCGGUGGUGAACAGCAUCACAGACGGGCUCCUGGCUGCCAACCCAGCCGUGCGCUACUACCCAGGGCAGGGCCUUGGGCUGAUGUAUUUCAUACACCGCUACCUGCCCUACUUUGUCCGAGACUUGUUCUUGAAAGGAUUUUUCAUCAACCCCAAGCUGCCUCGAGCGCUGCGGGAAGAGCACCACAGCGAGGGGAAGGUGAACUGACCUCAGCCCACAUGCGGUCGUGGGGCAGGAGCGAAGCUUCUCCUGGGACUUCCAGGGACGUUAGCCCCCAAGCGCAUGCACAGCCACUGGCAUCACCCUCGUGCACCCUGGGGGAACAAUCAGCACUAGAUGUUAAAAACCAAAUCGCUUUCCAAAAAAUCAGGCAGAUCUAUUUUCUAUUGUGCGAGAAUCAACAUUUUCUAGAGACUUCGUUUUUUGUAUUUUUUCUAACCAUGCAUCCUCCAAGGGAGCCACCCCUGCCUGGCUCAGCAGCUCUGCACCACGGGCUGGGAUGUACCUCGGGCAUUUCUCAGCUACCCAACACCUUCCUCCCUGAUGCUGGAGCUGCAUUUGUCUCCAUCACCUUUUGGCUGGGUCAGGCUCAGGACCCUGUGGCUGCUGCCGUGCCAGCCCCUGCCUCCCUCCCCUUCCUUACACACUCCAUAUGCUCCCGGCGAGCGCAGGGACAGAGGCUGUGGAGUUCUUCACAAGAUGAACUACAUGAUUGUCACUUUUUAAAUAAAUCUGUUCUUGAUAUGCCACUGGGCUCUGGCACUCUCCUUCCGCAGUGCAGCGUUGUGAUGUUUGGUCAGGGCAGGGCAGAGCAGAACUGGGUGACAGCUGGCACCACACUGAGCACCGUGGCAAGAGAGGCCACAGGUAGCCCCAAAAAAAGGGGUCAGCCCACCAGGAAGAGCUUGCUAUGCUCCCCCUUACUCCUCACCUCUACCCCAAAGACUUCCUGCUGCUUUGCUUUGAUUCCAUGGCCCUGCUGGGGUGAGAAUGGAAGGGGUGACAGUGCCACACAGGGACAACCCCAUACAGGAAGCCCAGGUGCAGAGGGACAAGCUCAGCAAAGCCAGGGGACGUGCCGCACAGCUCCCUAACCACAGGGCUCACUUCCCACACAGCUGCCCAAGCAGUGAGGGCUUUAUCUACUCAGCACCCAGCUGCACUCACAGACCAGGUACCGCACACAGCUUGGGCUGGAGUGAAUGUUCUGGGACCAACAGAUGGUACAAUGUCCACGCCUGUGACAGAAACAAGUGUCCCAAGUCAGGCAGGAGCCACAACAGCCUCCACUCCCACAAAUACCAAACUCCCUGGUUAAGAGAGCCCAUGUCUGACAUAAACUCCUUGUGGGGAUGUGGGAGGAGGUGCCCAAGGAAGCAGGGAGAGCCCAGUGCAGGAGGCAGGUAUUUAUUGGUGUAGAGAGGAGAGGAUCACAGGAUAACAAACACUGCAGAGGUGACCACAGCACAAGCUGAGAUGGAGACACUCUUCAUUGAUCCCUGCACAGCAGCAGCACCAAGCACAUGUUUCCCACCAGUAAGGCUUCUCCACUGCCACAGGGCACCUCCCUGACCUGGGCUCACCAAGACACGAAGCAGCAAGGAGCAGGGCUGCCACACCAUGCCCAGGGCUUGGCUCCCACUCCCUAACCACAGGCAGGCAGGGCCUGGACAGGGCGUGGGACAUUUCUGCUACCAGCCACCCUCCUCAUGGUGCCCUGGGCCAGCUGUGCCCAUACAGCUGCACAGCAGCACCAGCCCAGACCCCUGCACAGAGGAAGAGGCUGCAUUGUCCUGGAUGCCUGCCCCGGGACGAUGCAGGGGUCCAGCACCAUCCACAAAGCCAAAAGGAGCUGCAAUGCUUGCACAAUUGUGUGUAAACUCCAGGCUGUGGGUCUUCAGGAGAGGAAGGAGCUCAGCCAGGUUAGAGAGUCCUCUCAAGCUGCAGGGCACGAGUGAGACUGGUGAGAGCAGCUUCUGAGGACACAGCAAGGCUGCACUAGUUCAAAUGCUGCUGAGUGGGGACACACAAGCACUCUGGCUCUGCCUUUGCAUUCUCACAGGUUCCAUCCCAGUCCCAGGUAGGGCUGCUCAGUCUCUUCCAGGUCAGGGUGAGCUACAGGGGGAUGCAGGGACUGCACAGCAGCACAGCCUACGCUACAAAUCACUCUCAAACUAAAUCUCACAUGAGCAACACUGAGGAGGCAGCGUGCAGAGCACUGCCAGAGAGGCCCCCAGCCAUGGCAGAGCUGAUGUGUUCCUCUGCAGUGGCGGGAACCCCCUGGAGGCAGCAAACCCCUGGCUGGUGCGUGCUCUAGGAGCAUAAGCACAUACAGCAGAUUAGUACAGCAACACAGGGACUACGAAAUACACAACAGGAGGCGUCACUCCUGCUACACAUGGCCAAGCCUGUGACACUGGACCCUCCAGACCCCGCACAGCACACACAACUCAAACUUCAGCUUCUGAAUAAUUUAACUAGCAACUGUACAGUUUCUUCAUCUGAGCCAGUUCCACAGAUGGGACAAUCCUGGAGUCUGGGCAAGGGGUAACUCAGGGCAUUAGGCGGGGGUCCCUCUGGACUCCAGGGGCGGGAGGAUCAGACAGGAGCAGAGCGGGGUUAGAAGAUGGGAAUGUAGUUGUCAA